GUUUGUUUUAAAAGCUUAUUCAAAAACAAAUGAUAUUCUCCAAAAAUACAUAUAUUUUACUUAAAACGCAAUAAUUACUACACAAUAUUAACAUAUCCAGAUUUAUUCUGCUAAACCAGACAAAUAAAGUAGAAGAAAAUAUUUUCGAAAUAUUCUAAGGGCCAAUUAAUAAUAAUAGUCUGUCAGAACCCGUAGAAUCUCUAUUAACAAAUGGUGUAAUGUGCUGAUGUGUAAUUACGAGAAACGUGUAGGAUGUUGUUCACUAAUACAGUAGAAUGACAUCCAAUUACGACAUUAAUUGAGAGAAUUCUAGCAUUGUAGUCUCAGAAUCUACAACGGGCAGUGCCCACCUAAAACGAACUUAACCUUGAACAACAUUAAAAUCGAAAGAUGGGGAGUAUGUGCAAUGAUUGUAUGGCCAGAGUACCAUAUGCAACUCUUAUUGCAACAAUAAUGUGUUGCUUAGGAGUUGGUAUAUUCUGUGGUACAAUGUAUAGAGGUGUUACAUUGGGCUCUUUAAUGAUGGAUCAGGUAUUUCAUUUAAGACUUGGAUGGUUAGAGCCUGUUCAAUUGACUUUUGCAACACUUGGUGCUAGUAUGGCAGCUUUAGGUUUUAUGAUAUUAUGUGUUGGUUGUCUUGCAACUGGAGCUACAAGACAUAAAGUAUAUAGAGCCUGGAGGUCCAGAGUUGGUGGACGUAUCUCAUGUGCUGUUUUCAUGACAAUUACUUAUAUAUUACAAUUAGGAUGGCUCCUAAUAUUUGCAUUUUUGGUUAUAAUUGCUUGGAUUUUUACUAUAUUCUGGGGUUUAUGCAGUAAUCCUCGUGUCCAGUCUCUUGAUCAAUGCAUUGAUUUCACUCAAUUUAGUUUUAUAUUUCCAAAUAAUACAAGAGUAGAGGAUAUGAAAGUAUGUGGACCACAAGAAGUGAAAUUAUUUUGUAAAGAUUUUGUCGAAAAAGCAGAGAUCAUGUUUAUUUUAGCAACAGUAGCUGCCAUGUUGGUUGUAUUAAGUCUCAUACAUUAUUUAAUGUGUUUAUCUGCUAACUAUGCACAUAUUAGAGAUCAUGAGAAGUUUCAAGAAUUACAAGAACUUCAAUACCUGCAAGAUCCAGGAGAUCCAGAUUCUCCUCAACCCGGUAUGGGAACUUUGAGCUCGCAUCAUCGUGUCAAGGAUAGAUUCUAGGAUACGGCCCGCGAGAUCUUCGCGAUGAACCCCCUAUAACUUUAACAUUCUUGUUUACGAAACAUUGAAGACAUCUACUCUACGAGAAUUAAUAAUGAAUUUGAUGUUAUUCUUCUCUAUGUACCUAAAUUCAGUAUUCUACUAAUUGAUUAAUGUUGUAGUAGUUUACUGAUCGAGGAUCUUGCGGGAACAUUUUAUGCCGUCCAUUUUCUGCGACUGUCUUGUUAGCAUUUAUUUUGUUUUAAAGGUAUGAAUUCGUUAAGUAAUGUUUUAAGACAAAUAAGAUUUCAUCUUUCAUAAUAUUAAUUCCUUCGAUUAUUUGUUGAAUUUCUAUGUAUGCAGUGUAAGACAUACGAGAACAUUCCAUAUUUCGUACAUAUUUGUUGAUAAAGUAUAGUUUAUUUUGAACGAAACUGUAUAUACGUGCGAGAUACGAGUAAUAUAAGCGCACAGAGAGUAUUCUUUCUAAACUAUUUGCUAUACAAAGAUAUGCUUAUAUAUACUUAUAAUUCGUACUCACAAAUUUCUACUAUGCAUUAAUAUAUUGUUUCAUAUUACAAGUUUAUUUAAUAUUAUCUUUAUAUUAUGUAAGACUAUAAAUGCAGACUGCAUCUAUUUGAUGUCAUUCUAACAGAGAUUUUUUUUACAUAAAAGGUGCAGCUUUUUUGUACCUCUUUAGGAUAAAAUAAGAAAAUUACUGAUAUGAUGUAUUACUAGUGAAGUAUUUUAAUUAUGUUUGAGGAAAGAGCCAAAUAAUUAUAUUUUAAAUUUUCUACUUAUAUUUAGUAAAUGAUAAAAAUACUUAAAAGAUCUAUAAUUUAAUAAUUAUGAUUUUUUCCAACAUGCAUAGUUCAGUUUUAUGUCACAGAUCUAUUGCUAUUUUAUAAAAGAUCAAAUUAUACCGUAAAAAAUGUUAAAUGUUAAAAAGACAAUAUGAAGAUAAUUCUAAUUAUACUUUAUGCACAAAUCUUAACUGUGCCAAAUCUAAUACGAUUUAAAUUAUGAGAAAUUAUCAUGUAUAUUGUACGUUAUCGCUAAGAGACAGAUUUUAAAAAUGGAUAUAUCUAAAAUCUAGAAUAGCAAGUAUAACUUGCAAUAAUUUCGUACUUGCUCAAAUUCUUUAAUAGCAAUUCAAAAUACCAAAUCAAAUUGGAUGUGCAUACGUUGAAAAAAAUUCUGUAUAUUAUAUAUACGUAAUAAGAACAUAUCAAACUGAGGAUUGUACUUUAUCUACACAAAUUUGCAAUAGAAUAAUCAAAUAAGUAAAAUUAAUGCACAAAUUACAUACAAUAAAAAAUGUGUUUAUUGUUUUCCUCGA